GGUAUUGGCUUUCCUCUUUGAGUUUACUUGCUGAAAGAACGUGAGUGUCAAGUGUCACUGUCAAUCUUGGCUUUUUUUUCUCGUGCGGCUGACGGUGACAUUCAACCCCACACUCUUGUCGGCUUGCAUGCAUCUGUACUUGCGGAAUGAUGACUGAGCUCAGGAUGGCAAAGAGUGCCUUACUGGAGGGACUUCUGAGCAGGCCAUACACUAAGCCUUUUAUCAAGAGACGAUGCUUCAGUGAUACCUCAGACCUGUUUGCCAUGAUCGAGCGGAUGCAGGGGUGCAGAAUGGAUGAGCAAAGAUGCCCCUUCCCUCCUCCCCUCAAAACAGAAGAGGACUACAUUCCUUAUCCGAGUGUUCAUGAGGUUCUGGGACGCAGAAGCCCCUUUCCGCUCAUCCUGCUGCCCCAGUUUGGAGGAUACUGGAUCGAAGGAACCAAUCAUGAGCCUAAAGACACACCAGAGGCUGAUUAUCCUUCCUGUCCAACCUCCCACAUUAAAUUAGAGACAAACAGCACUGCCAAGAUCUACAGGAAGCAUUUCAUGGGCAAAGAACACUUUAAUUACUACACGAUGGAUGCGGCCCUCGGCCACUUGGUCUUCUCAAUGAAGUACGAAGUCAUCGGGGAUCAAGAGCAUCUGCGCUUGAUGCUACGAACAAAACACAAAACCUAUCAUGAUGUGAUUCCCAUCUCCUGCCUUACCGAGUUUCCCAAUGUGAUCCAGAUGGCAAAGCUUGUUUGUGAAGAGGUAAACGUGGAUAGGUUUUACCCCGUCCUCUAUCCAAAGGCAUCAAGACUCAUUGUCACCUUUGAUGAGUAUGUAAUCAGCAACAACUUCAAGUUUGGAGUCAUUUAUCAAAAGUUUGGCCAGACAUCUGAGGAGGAGCUGUUUGGGAACAUGGAAGAAAGUCAAGCGUUUAUUGAGUUCCUGGAGUUUUUAGGCACAAAGAUUGAGCUUCAUGACUUUAAAGGUUUUCGAGGUGGACUUGAUGUCACUCACGGGCAGACGGGGACUGAAUCUGUCUACACAAAUUUCCAUAAUAAGGAGAUUAUGUUUCAUGUUUCCACCAAGCUGCCUUAUACGGAAGGAGACUCACAGCAGCUUCAGAGGAAGAGGCACAUAGGCAACGACAUUGUGGCAAUCGUGUUCCAGGAAGAAAACACUCCCUUUGUACCAGACAUGAUCCAAUCCAACUUCCUGCAUGCCUACGUGGUGGUGCAGGUGGAGAAUGCAUGCACCGACAACGUCACAUACAAGGUGUCAGUCACAGCAAGGGAUGAUGUACCUUUCUUUGGACCUGCUCUACCUGACCCUGCAAUCUUCAAAAAGGGCCCAGAGUUUCACGAGUUCCUCUUCACCAAGCUGAUCAAUGCAGAGUAUGCCUGCUACAAGGCUGAGAAGUUUGCAAAGCUGGUGGAGCGUACACGUUCAGCCCUGCUGGAAACAUUAUAUGAAGAGCUGCACAUCAACAGUCAGUCCAUGAUGGGUCUGGGUGGGGAGGAAGAUAAGCUGGAGAACGGAGGUGGUGGAGGAGGGGGCGGCUUCUUCGAGUCAUUUAAGCGGGUCAUCCGCAGCAGAAGCCAGUCUAUGGACGCCAUGGGUCUCAGUAACAAGAAGUCACACACAGUCUCCACUAGUCACAGUGGGAGCUUUACCCACAAUCCCGCAGAGAGCCCCAAAACCCCAGGGAUUUCAUUGCUUGUCGCGGGGAAAAGUCCCAGUAAAUAUGGACGCCGAGGCAGUGCCAUAGGCAUAGGAACAAUAGAAGAGUCAUUGAUCAUUCCUGGGAAAAGCCCAACCAGAAAAAAGUCUGGACCCUUUAGCUCCCGCCGCAGCAGCGCCAUUGGCAUCGAGAACAUCCAGGAGGUCCAAGAGAGGAGCCGGGAAGUUUCUCCCAACACGCAGAAAACAGCAGACUGCAGCCACUUGUCACAAGAAAACAAAUCAGGCAACUCCUCCGCACACAGUUCUCCGGAGUUUGCAGCCGCAAAGAACAGUCUGGCGAUGUGUUGCAGGGCGCCUUCAAUCCCUGAGGCUCAGGACCUGUCUCGCUCCUCCUCCAACGCCAGUAGCUUCGCCAGCGUCGUGGAGGAGCACGAAGCUGAGGAGGAAUAUGAAACCGGACUGGAAAGCGUGUCUUGUGUUACCCCCAUAAAAAAGGACUCAUUCGUUUACGGCUCUGUGGCAGAGGACAGCAACCAAGGAAGUUUUUCAGCAGCUUCCAGUCUUCAGCAGCAAGCAGACGACGUGAAGACGUCGGAGCCAAAAGGGACGGACGGUCAGCCCAAGACAGAGCGACCCCUGCAGGAGCAGAGGCGCUCAUCGAACUGUUAGCUUCUCUCCUCUGAUCAACAUGUCAGCAUCUGUUUUCAGAAUAAUAAGUUAUAUAAGGGGAAGCUGAUGCAGAGAAGGAAUAUAGGUCCUGGCCAAGAGACUGGCACAUCCUCCCUUGAAUGUUCAACAAAGAUCUGCUGUUUAUCACCACAAACAUUCACCUCUCUGGACAUGUAUCGACCUCUCGCCCUCAUUCCGUCCUCCAUGCGGAAAACCUUGUUCUCAAGUGGAAGCAGCAUCGAAGCUGACUGUCGUCUGGCAGCUGGCUUAGGACAGGACAUCUGCUCGUUCUUCAAGCCAGGAAGCACUGAUUAUUACAGUUAAACUUUCAGACAUUGUGGCUUUUUCUUACAACACAUUCAGUAAAGCGUUUGACUUUUUUUUUCCUUUUU